AUGCAAGGAGAAAAUUUCACUGUUUGGAGCCUUUUUUUCCUGGAGGGAUUUUCCCGGUACCCAAGGUUAGAGAUUGUUCUGUUUGUCUUCAGCCUUGUAAUGUAUUUGGUUACCCUCCUGGGUAAUAGUACUCUUAUUUUAAUCACUGUCCUGGAUUCACGCCUUCAAACCCCCAUGUACUUGUUUCUUGGGAACCUCUCUUUCAUGGAUAUCUGUUACACAUCUGCUUCCAUUCCCACUUUGCUUGUGAACUUGCUGUCAUCCAAGAAAACCAUUAUCUUCUCUGGGUGUGUGGUACAGAUGUACCUAUCCCUUUCCAUGGGAUCCACAGAGUGCAUACUUCUGGCUGUGAUGGCCUAUGACCGUUAUGUGGCCAUCUGCAAACCGCUGAGGUACCCCAUCAUCAUGAACAGGCAAGUCUGUGUGCAGAUGGCCACCCUCUCCUGGGUGACAGGCUGUCUCACUGCCCUGCUGGAAACUAGUUUUGCCCUGCAGAUUCCCCUCUGUGGAAAUGUCAUUGAUCACUUCACAUGUGAAAUUCUGGCGGUGCUAAAAUUAGCUUGCAUGAGUUCACUACUCAUGGACAUGGUUAUGCUGGUGGUCAGUAUUCUCCUUCUGCCCAUUCCAAUGCUCUUGAUUUGCAUCUCUUAUGGCUUCAUCCUUUCUACAAUUCUGAGAAUCAGUUCAACAGAGGGAAGAAACAAGGCUUUUUCAACUUGUGGUGCACACUUGACUGUGGUGAUCUUAUAUUAUGGAGCUGCCCUCUCCAUGUACCUGAAGCCUUCUUCAUCAAACUCACAAGAAAUAGACAAGAUCAUUUCAUUGCUUUAUGGAGUGCUUACCCCUAUGUUGAACCCAAUAAUUUACAGCUUAAGAAACAAAGAAGUAAAAGAUGCUGUGAAAAAACUGCUGAGCAAAGUGCCAUUGGUACCAAGCGUGUGA